AUGGCCGUCAGAAAAAAAUAUCGACUGCUUGAAAUGUAUUCUAUAUGUGUGAUUUCGGUGCUUAUUUCUGUCGUAAAUUGCUCAAAAUUACCGCCGAGUUUGGAUCAAGUAUCAGAAUGGGGUGUGGAAUUAAGUACACAUUUAAAUUUUACUGUCUCCAGAUUAUCAGCUCUGAAUAUACUUCAAUUGAAUUAUCAGCAAGCAUCAUUAAUACAGAACCAAGGUACAGAUGUUCAUGUUAAUUUUGAACCAGUUGACAGUCGAUCUAUUGUGUCUGAUAUGUCAUUAAGUUUAUCACACAUGCUGGGAAAAAAGAUGGAUGCCUUAAAGAGAUCAGUAGAAAUAGCAGAGAAAGCAGCAGGAAAUCAUACCUGGAACCAAACAUUGCAGAAAGAAGAUGUAGAAUAUUUUAAUGCCAACAUGCCAACUGAUAUACCAUUAGCAUAUAAUGAAAGAUUUAAACAAGAUGUUAGUUUUAAUCUAUCUAGUGUUCAUAUACCAGUUGAAAUUUACAAUGGAGAUAUACAGAUAUUAAAUGGAUUAAGAUGGUCAGCUUCACUAGAUGAAAUAUUUGAAAAGAAUUAUGAAGAAGAUGAAGAAAUAUUGUGGCAAUAUUUUGGAAGUCAAUCUGGUUUCAUGAGAACAUUUCCUGCUAGUAGAUGGAUAAAACAUGGAGAUGUUGAUUUGUAUGAUGUAAGACGCCAGUCUUGGUAUACACAAGGAUCAAGUUCACCUAAAGAUAUGAUGAUAUUAGUUGAUACGAGUGGAAGUACACAUGGUCAAGCCUUGCAGUUGAUGAAAGUUGCUGUGAAGUCUAUUCUAGAUACUCUUGGUGAAAAUGAUUUUGUCAAUAUUGCUUCUUUUUCUCAGGAAGCUUCAUUUGUUAGUGAUUGUUUUAAUCAUACUUCAUUUGUUCAGGCUAAUUAUAGAAACAAAAAGAAACUAGCUAGAGAUGUAGAUGGAUUGGUAGCCUAUGGAAUGGCCAAUUUUAAAGUUGGAUUACGCUUUGCUUUUGAACAAUUUCAAUUGUUUGAGAGAAACAAUACUAAUGGUAUGGGAGCUACCUGUAAUAAAGUUAUUAUGUUAUUAACUGAUGGUGGUACAGACAAUGCUGAGGAUAUUUUUAAAGAGUAUAACUGGCCCAAAAAUAAAUCAUUGAAAGCUGAAGUAAGAGUAUUUACGUAUGCUGUAGGACCAACAGCUAAUCCUACUAAUGCUAUUAGAUGGAUGGCUUGUGCCAAUAGAGGUUAUUUUUCUCAGAUCCCUGCUAUGGGAGCCAUUAGAGCUAGAGUUCAGGGUUAUACAAAAUAUCUAGCUACAAGUUUUCAGUACGCUGACGUGCGUGAACACUCUACUGUCAUAACUCGCGAUAUUCGAGAGUACAUACCAGUAUUAUCUCGACCUCAAGUGUUAAAAAACGUUAAACAAUGUAAAUGGGGCAACAUAUACGCUGAUCAUCUGGGCCUAGGAAUGAUGACUACUGUAACUCUACCUGUUUAUAACAAAUCAGAGGGAUCGUCUAACCAAACUAUAUUAGGUGUAAUGGGAAUAGAUGUGACAACUAAAGAUUUAGAGAAGAAAGCCCCUAAAAAUAAGCUGGGACCAAAUGGCUACGCCUUUGCUAUUAAUCCAAAUGGUUAUGUUAUUUUUCAUCCUAAUCUUAGAGUCAGUGAAACUUAUCUAGAAGAUCCACCAGAUGUUGAUUUAUUAGAAGUAGAGAUUAAUAAUCCAGAUAAAUUAAAGUUAAGAAAUAAGAUGAUAGAUGAAGAAGAUGAUAAAAUGGAAAUAAGGACACUAGUUUUAUCACCCAGUUUGAAAUAUGUCAGCUGGUCAAAUUUAACAUAUGCUUUUACCCCAAUCAAAAAUACAUCCUUCAGUUUGGGUGUUUCUAUACCAGCUUAUCAAUCAACUUAUCCCAAGUUCUUAGGCAACAUCAACUCAUUCAAUCAAUCAGUGUUUAAAACUAACAAUGAUUAUCAGAGGAAGAUAGCUCCAUGGGAUUACUAUAAAAACAUGAGUCUAUUUGAGAAUAUGACACAAACUGUUGAUGAUAUUUAUAAAUUAUGUUUACAGAAAGAUUCCAAUGAUGACAAUUGGAAUAAAGAGUUGUUGUAUCAGUUGUACUGGGAUUUAAAAGUUAUAAGUAGUAUUGAUAAAUAUUAUGAGACAAUUGCUACUGAUGCUAAUACAAGAGAAGAUUUGGAAGGAUUGAUGAUUGCAUUUGUAGCAACAAAUGGUGGCCUUACUCAGAUCUAUCAACAUGAUAAAAUGGAAAAUGAAACAUUUGAUUCAGAAGAACUUGAAUUAGACACUUGGAAGGCAGAUUAUUAUAAAAGAGCCUUGAAUUCGGAAAAGUUUUUGUUUGUUCCUCCAGAACCACAAGAUGUAACUAAGAACUACACAGACAAUCCUUCUAUUAUGGUGGCUCAUUCCAUAUCUCUUAGAGAUUUACCUUAUAGAAUCAAAUAUAAACCAGCUGUGGCUGGAGUAAAGAUAUCACAUCAGAAACUUCAAACAGAAAUGGUGGCUAUAUCUGCUAAGAGAGAUAAGGCAUUUCCAUUCGCUCUUCAUUGUAAUGAUACAGAAUCUCUGUUCUGUUAUUUACUGGAUGAUGGAGGCUUUUUAGUCUCAACUAACCAGGAAGAACUUGUACCACAGGUUGGACAGUUUUUUGGCAAUGUUGAUCCAAGUGUGAUGCAUGUCCUGUUUAAUCAAUCUAUAUAUAAAAGAAACCGUUAUUUUAAUUAUCAAGCAUCCUGUAUUAUCAAUACAGAUAAAAAUGUUAACGCUGGACCAUCUGCUUUUAAAAUUCCCUCCAUUAACCUGUUUUUUGAUUUUCUCUCUGUGAAUUGGUGGUCCAGUAAAUUUUCAUGGUUAUAUGUAAAUUUCAACAUCUACAACUGGUUGGUUUCAGAAACAACUACCUAUGCGAAAGAGAAAGAAGAUAAGAUAGUCAUUAAGAGUUGUGUUAAAAUGAUGUAUCAGUAUUAUUUUGGUGAAAAAGAGAAAUUCGAAGAUAAAUUUCACUGUGAUAAUUGUACAAGGUCUGUACGAGCUGUAAGACUACAAGUUGGUAAUUUAUUAUUAGUAGUAACAACACCUUCCUGUGAUGAAUGUCUAGAUUUCUACGAACCAUUACCACAACAUCCUAUACCUGUCACUGAGGAAAUUGAAGAUGAAGCUAUUUGCUCACUGUCAGAAGAGCCAAGAUAUCGUAGACAUCGGAUGAAUUGUUAUGAUGAAGAUGAGAGAGAAGAUGACACGAAAUGUGGUAGUGGUUCUAUAUUAUUAUAUUCUAAAUCAUAUUUAACGAUAUUAUCUUUAGUUUUAAUUUGUCUAGGUCAGCUCUUAACGAGUUGA